GACAGUCCGUCGUACGACUACAACUGCAGUAGACCAUUGCCACGAGCAUUAUACCAAGCGCGGUAUAACACUGCAGCUCGACGCCGUCGCCGCCGCCGCCGCCGCCGCCGCCGCCGCCACCACCACCACCACACACACACACACACAUACACACACGCCGCCCGUCGCGAGACACCUAGACCGCCGUCAUCCCCACCGCCCCUGGAAGCCCGCCGAAUUUGACAGACAUAAUUAAAAAAAAUUUUUCCCCCCAAUAAAAUUCGAGUUAUCGAAAAUUUUGAGAAAAUAAUUUUUUUUCUCUCAGCUUAAAUUUCUUCGACGUCGUUGUUUUUGUAGUACGUAUAUUUUUCAUUCCUUCGUCCGCCCGCGAGAACCGGUCCCAUUCAGCCGCCGCGGUACUGCAUCCCACCGCCGCCACUUAACGACUGCACCGAGCUCGCCCGCACAAGUUAUAACAUAUACAUUAUAUAGAUAAGCCCCGAAAACCGCGUGUGGUGGUCAUCUUUGUCGCCUUCACUCGUCUUUACUGCAGACCGCGCAGGAAGCAGAAGCUACUCGCCGUGUCCAUUAUAAUAAUAUUAUUAUUGUACCCACUCGGAGGUUUUCGAGCCUCAUCGCAUUGUGUACCUACCUGCAGCAUAGGUACGCCACGGGACGCCACGUACGACGCCCAGUGAACCGAAAAACCGACGGAGAAAACAUCAGACCGGAGAGGGAGGAAUCGUAGUUGCCGCUGCCACAAUACACUGCACCGUCGUCGGCCCAAACGGAGAUAAACUACUCAUAACGUCCGGCGCGCACAGCAGUCGACAUUGUGUGUGCGUACACCGUACACGCGUCGUGUGAUCACACCACAUUCAUUGCGAGUCUUGCCCUGUACCCGGCAGGUAGUUCCGUCGACCGGAUUUUCUCCGUCCGUCCGAUAAUCGUGCACGUGAAAUACACUGAAAUAUCUAUAUAAUAAUUAUAAUAUAUUAUAUACGGACGUCCCCGCGGUCCAGAUAACCGAAUAGAUUUUUGUUCCGAUCGUACGAAAACCGCGAUAACAUGGCCGUGGUAAACAUGAACAAUCUGCUGAACGGCAAAGAUUCCAGAUGGCUGCAGUUGGAGGUGUGCAGGGAAUACCAGCGAAACAAGUGCUCCAGACCCGACACGGAUUGCAAGUUUGCGCACCCGGCCGCCAAUGUGGAGGUUCAAAACGGUCGCGUCACCGCCUGUUAUGACAGCAUAAAGGGCAGGUGUAACCGAGAGAAACCGCCGUGCAAAUAUUUCCAUCCACCGCAGCAUCUCAAGGACCAGCUGUUGAUAAAUGGCCGUAACCACUUGGCCCUAAAGAAUGCAUUAAUGCAGCAAAUGACUAUGGCUGCUAGUCAACAGAUAGUACCAGGGCAAGUUCCUACAGCAGUGGCAACGCCAACAGCAUAUUUGACCGGAAUCCCUGGCGCGAGUACCCAGGUCGGCAACACUUACACGCCAUACUUUAGCGCCGCCGGCCCGUUGAUUGGACCGACCACGAUAAUCACGUCAGACCCGAACAAUCCGCUGGCCAUGGCCGUGCAGCAGACAAUGGUUACACAACAGAAAAUGCCUAGGAACGACCGUCUAGACAUGGAUAUGAAAGCCGUUGGAACAUUUUAUUACGAGAAUUUUGCAUUUCCGGGAAUGAUGCAGUACAAACGAGCUGCGGGCGACAAGUCUGGAAUGCCGGUGUUUCAACAGAACACGGGAGCUUACCAACAAUUGCUUCAGCCGUUCGUGCCAACCGUAUCUUUUGCUGCACCACCGGGCAUACCGAGGUAUUAACAUAACGACUGCAAUCCAGAAAUCAACCUGUGGUACAACAUGCAUCCAUUGAAUGUAUGGUUGUGGCCUAAUAAUUAUUAACAAAAUCACGUUCGAUUCAAGUCAUCAGUUUAAUACACAGUACAUUUUUUUUUAUAGUGUAUUACAUUACAUAUAUAAUUCAUAAAUAAUAUUGUAGAAUACGAAUUGAAUAAUAUUGAACAAUUAAAUUAGAUUGUUUAAGUUUCCUUUAUCCAAUAUUUAAAAUAGGUCGGAAACUAAUGUCAAUGAUAAUUUAUUAAUCUUACUAGAGACGAUGCACUUUGUAUUUUGUUAACAAAAGUAAACUAUUUUACUUAGAGAAAUGUUAAAAUACUAUUGGACUAUUUGAAUUGUAUACAAUCAGGUUGGUUACUCACUAUAUGUAAAACCCUUCAUAUUAUUUAAAGUCAUUAUUUUACUCAAAAUAUAACUAAUUAUAUUACCAACAUAUAAUAUAUAAAUAUUAAUCUUGUUAUUAUAUUUUAACGCACCAAUGAUUUUUUUUUGAUUUUUUUUAUGCUAUUUGAUUGUAGGUAGCUAUUAUACAUUAUAUUAUUAUUAUAUAUUUAACAAUAUUUUUAGAUUAGGUACUUAAAACUAAGUUAAGGAAAAUUUUAUAGGUACACUUAAUUUAUGUACUAAUAAUAAUAAAAAUGUAUAACAUCGAGUAUAGAUUAGAAAACAACAUUUGAAAUAUAAGUAAUUUAUAAAAUUAAAAUAAUCCUUCUCCUAUAUACAAUAAUAAAUAUUAUAUAAUAUGUAUGAUUAUAUAUAUAUAUAUUAUAUAUCAUCUAUGCAUACAUAUAUGUUUAUAAGAUAUUAUUAAUCAAAUACUUGACAUGAUAUAAAUACGUUUUCAAUAAAUUGUUAUAAAAGAAAAAAAAUACAAGAUUUAACAUGUUAUGACUAAUUGUGUGAAAUAUUAUAAUAACAAUAAUAUUAUAUGUGUUCAAAUGUUUAACCUCAGUA